AUGAAAAGCUAAAAAUUCGUGCCAUCUUCAAUUACUACUUCUCAUAACACAUCUCUUAAAGCACCAUUUAGGUGUUAAUCACCUUUCAAGCAAACCUCUAUAAAUACCUCUAAAAAUGCCUCUAAGGAUCUUGAGUCUUACAUUCUGAGAAACUCUACAGAGUCUAUCAAGAACCAAAACAAGGCGAGAACCUCCUAUAAUUUCCAAGAGGUAGAUUAAUUUGAAUAGUAGGAAUAGUAGCAAACAUAUUAAUAGAAUUCAUCAUGCUCAAAUUCACCCCAUAGAGAUAGAGAUACAGUCAUAAUUAAAAAGAAAAAGACAUCGAAUUCUAAGGAUAAAAGAGAAUCGAGCAAUAAUAAGGUAGAUGAAGGUAGACUUACAAGGUUUUAGCAAUUUAAAAAGCAAUCUACUAAGGAGAAUGUCAAACCAACCAAACCACUUGGUAAUAUCUAAAAUGAAAGAAGCAUGUCAAAUGGUGCCAGGCUUUCUGAGCUGUGUCCAGAGGAUAAGGCUAAAAUAGGAGAGUUGGUUAAGAAACUUGCUAUCGAGUCUAAAUAAAAGCAGGAGUAUGCCAAGAAAUAUGAGCAAGAAAAACUUGAAAUGGGUAAGAGAUUAAAAGAAUUAGAACAGAUGUCUGUUCUUUAUGAAGAUGAAAGGGAUCAAAUGAAAGACAAGUUUACUUAAUCACUCCAAAUGCUAAAGCAACUUAAGGAGGAUCAGUCGAAGGUUGAAAGAGAUAAAUAAAAGCGAGAGGAAGAGCUUUAAAAGGUAAAGGAUGAGCUUAUUAGAAGAGAGCAAGAGCUUGAAAGAUAGAAAGUGUAGAUUGAAAUGGAAAGAGAGGAGAAAAAUAAAUAGCUUAGCAUUUUAAUGGAUUAAUAGCAAUAGUAAAAAUAUUAAUAGAAUCAAAGUAUAAAUGAAUCAAAGCAAAGCUAUCGUAACAAUUAGAUAAAUUAAUCUAGUUUCAAGCAAAAUGAAAUGAGUGUAAGCUUAAAUGAUCAAACAGUAAGUACUCUUAAGGAAAUAUCAGAUCUUAAAAAUGAAAUAGUCAAACUAACAACUAGUCUGAAACAUAUAAAAAUGAGUCCUGAUUAAAAUAGAAGAUCCAAAGAGAAAAUAGUUAGUAAUAGACAAUUAUAAUAAUAGGAAUAGGAGGUAGAUAACAUUGAGGGUGAAGAUAGCGAUCAUGAUGAGUCUUUAGAAUAAACCUGGUGGAAAAACUAGCAUAAAAAUUAAAAUCAACAAAAUAAGGUUUAAAGAAACUUAAAAGAAUCAGUUAAAUAAGAGCAAGAAUUGAUCAGAAAAAAUCCUCAUAAAAACUCAAAUCAAAAAGGUUCAACAAGCAAUAGAUAAUAAAGGUCUUCUCUUUAAACUAAUUCACUUGAUAGAGAAGAUCUAUAAGAGAUGAAAAUAGAUGAUUUAUAUGCUUUGUAAGACCAACUGGCUAAGAAUCUUGAAAUCACAAAUAACCUUUUAUAGUCCAAAUUAACAAAUUCUAACAAAAAGGCUACAUUGAGAUCUGAUAGUGCCUUAGGAUCUUAGAGAGCCUCAAGUAGAAGUGGAUUACAGUCAAGCAGUAUUAAAAAGUUAACUAUUGACUAAGAUAAAAUGGCUAAAUUAAUAUAAAAAGCACAAAAUGAGUUGGAUGAAUAUGAUGAGGAUGAGGCGAGUGUUUAAUCUACACCAAGACCAAAGUAGUAAGCACCUCCAGAACCUGAGUCAUUAAGUAAAAGAGAAGAGCUGCUUGCGUAAAAGAUGUAAAUGUUCAAGGAAAUAUAGCAAAGAUUGAAUUAAAAGGAUAAGCAAUCAGAGACUGAUUCAGAUGCUCAAACAGGCAGAUUUCAAGAUGCAGAAAGAGAUUAAAAUGUUACGCUUAGCUAAUCGAAAUCAGGUGGAGGUUCAUUCUAUAAAUAAUUGAUUUAGUAACAGACUUAAAUCCUUCAUAAUCAGAAGCAAGGGAAGCCGCCAACACAUCAACUAAAUUAAUCAUAGCCACUUAAUGUGACCAACCUCUAAAGCACUCUAACUCUCUAGCCAUAAACAAUACCUUCAGAGGUUUAUUCAGAUGAAGAAGAUGAUUUAGUAUAUUCAUUGAAUUAGCGAUCUGAAUAUAAUCCACUUUAAAAGUCUUCACUUUAAGGAACAUAAAACACAAUCAACUCCUAGUAGUUUAUGUCAUUCUAGCCAAAAUAGACUUCUUCCAGCUAAGCAAGUUUACAUAAUGUCCCAACUUCGUAAACUCAUUUGAAUCAAUAUGACGAUAGUCUCUUCAAUAUAAUUGAUGAAAUUGAGUAUGAAUAAAAGGCAUAAGAAUCAGUGAUGCUUAACCAAAGUUAAUAAAGUGAUAGAAGUAUGCAAGCAUCUGCAAGUAAAAGACCGAAUUCAUUCUUUGAACAGCAACUUUAGGAAAGUCAAAGAGGAAUCUAGAAUAAUAACUAUGGAUAAGGAAACAAUUAAAUCUUACAUCAGUAAAUCUUACCUCAUUAAAAACCGAUCUAAAAUUACUAUGAAGCUCCUCAAUAAACCAAUAUCUAGACAAAUAAAUAUAGUCUCGGAUAGUCUCAAGUAAAUUAAAAUCAAUAAAUGCAGAUGCCUGCUCAUCAAUAGUAAUAAUACUCAUACAAGCAAAAUCCAUUUUAUCUUUAGGCUAAAUAGGAGGUAGAAACUUCGUAAAACUAAUCCAGAUUCUACACUCCUAGUCAUUAAUAAAGCUUUAAUUAGCAAAGUAAUCAUGAUUUAGGUAUAAAUGCAUCCUAUUCUAGAAUAAAUUAAAGCAGUUAUAUUUAGUAAGAGCCUUAGCCCUACUCGUAGCCAAAUUACCCUACAAAUAAUCAAUAAUCUUAUGAUUGGUAAAUGCAGUAAAAUCAAGUUUAUAAUGGAGGUGCUCUAGAUCAAAACGGUUAUAGAAGAUAAGCUUAAUUUAAUUGA